CAAAUCUCUCCAUUAGUCCGUAACCCCUCAUUAAUUAGUCUUCCUUCCCCCUUAGAAACGAGAAGAGAUUUCCCCUGUAAUCCAGAAAUAAAUUGACACCUCCCCGUCUUACUCGUCCCCGGUCGGAACUAGUCUUCCCACCCGCCUUCUCCGCGUUCUUACCAAUCCACCACGCAUUCGUCCUCCGCGACGAAGCUUCCCAAUUCCGCGUCCUCUUCCUCCUCUCGAGAUCCUGAGCUUUAUCUUCGGAUCCAUCUGUUGCGAGUUGCUACCGGAUCCUGACAUUGGAUUGCCGCUACAGCGAUCGCUCUGUUCUUCUGCAAAAGAGUAGAUGGCGGCGUACAAUCCGAAGAACAUCCUCAUUACCGGGGCGGCAGGCUUCAUCGCGUCUCAUGUCGCCAACCGCCUCGUCCGGAACUACCCCGAGUACAAGAUCGUCGUCCUCGACAAGCUCGACUACUGUUCCAACCUGAAGAACCUCAACCCCUCGCGCUCCUCUCCCAACUUCAAGUUCGUCAAGGGCGACAUCGGGAGCGCCGACCUCGUCAACUACCUCCUCAUCACCGAGUCGAUCGACACCAUCAUGCAUUUUGCAGCGCAGACCCAUGUCGACAAUUCUUUUGGUAACUCCUUUGAGUUCACCAAGAACAACAUCUAUGGCACUCAUGUCCUCCUCGAGGCCUGCAAGGUCACUGGGCAGAUCAGAAGGUUCAUCCAUGUUAGCACUGAUGAGGUCUAUGGGGAGACCGACGAGGAUGCUGUGGUCGGAAACCAUGAGGCAUCUCAGCUCCUGCCGACCAACCCGUACUCCGCAACGAAAGCUGGGGCUGAGAUGCUUGUUAUGGCCUACGGGAGGUCAUAUGGCUUGCCCGUGAUAACAACCCGUGGAAACAACGUCUACGGGCCGAAUCAGUUCCCCGAGAAACUGAUUCCAAAAUUCAUCCUUUUGGCCAUGAGGGGUCACCCACUUCCGAUUCAUGGUGAUGGCUCUAAUGUUAGAAGCUAUCUGUACUGUGAGGAUGUGGCGGAGGCAUUCGAGGUUGUUCUUCACAGAGGAGAAGUCGGGCAUGUUUAUAACAUUGGAACGACGAAAGAAAGGAGAGUGAUCGAUGUGGCAAAGGAUGUCUGCAAGCUUUUCUCACUGGAAGCAGAUAGGGUCAUUGAAUUUGUGGAGAAUCGGCCUUUCAAUGACCAGAGGUACUUUUUGGAUGAUCAGAAGCUGAAGAACAUAGGAUGGUCGGAGAGGACCACAUGGGAGGAGGGACUCAAGAAGACGAUGGAGUGGUACACGAGCAAUCCGGACUGGUGGGGAGAUGUUUCAGGUGCUCUGUUGCCUCAUCCACGGAUGCUGAUGAUGCCCGGUAUUGAAAGACAUGUCGAUGGAGCUGAAGAAACCAAGGUCACAGUUUCUCAGUCGGCAAACACUAACAGUCAGAAAAGGAUGGUUGUUCCCACUCCAAGAACCUCUUCAAAGAAACCACAUUUGAAGUUCUUGAUAUAUGGUAAAACUGGAUGGAUCGGGGGCCUUCUCGGCAUGAUAUGUGAAAAGCAGGGUAUACCGUAUGAAUACGGAAGAGGGCGACUGGAAGAACGUUCCCAACUCAUACUGGAUAUUCAAAAUGUGAAGCCGUCUCAUGUUUUCAAUGCUGCAGGUGUAACCGGCAGGCCUAAUGUUGAUUGGUGUGAGUCACAUAAGCAGGAGACAAUUCGCACGAAUGUUGCGGGAACCUUGACGCUAGCAGAUGUUUGCAGGGAGCAUGGGCUGCUACUGAUGAAUUAUGCCACAGGUUGUAUAUUUGAAUAUGACACUGAACACCUGGAGGGCUCAGGCAUUGGUUUCAAGGAGGAAGACAAACCAAAUUUUACUGGUUCAUUCUAUUCGAAGACUAAAGCAAUGGUUGAAGAGCUUCUGAAAGAAUAUGAAAAUGUCUGCACCCUCAGAGUCAGGAUGCCAAUAUCUUCUGAUCUUAGCAACCCGCGCAAUUUCAUCACAAAAAUCACGCGUUACAACAAGGUUGUGAACAUUCCAAAUAGCAUGACGGUUUUGGACGAACUUCUGCCCAUAUCGAUCGAGAUGGCAAAGAGGAAUUGCAGGGGCAUAUGGAACUUCACCAAUCCUGGUGCCAUGAGCCACAACGAGAUCCUAGAGAUGUACAAGAGCUACAUCGACCCCAGCUUCAAGUGGGUUAAUUUUACACUGGAAGAGCAGGCCGAAGUCAUAGUCGCACCUCGAAGCAACAACGAGAUGGAUGCCACAAAGUUGAAGCGUGAGUUUCCUGAGUUGCUUUCAAUCAAAGAUUCGCUUAUCAAGUAUGUCUUUGAGCCGAACAAGAAGGUCCUUUCUAACUGAGAAGCUUACUCAAGGUCACGGUUGAAGUAGACUAUUGUACUAAGCAGUAGCACCUUAAAUUCCACUUAAUUAUUAAUACUAGCUGGUAUCGAGAGAUUGACUACUAGGCGGGUGGCAUCUAUUUGUUUCAAUUUUAUUAGUUACUCUUCAUGUUCUUGUUUCGGUGCGCUUUGCAAGAGGCCAAUUAGUCACUCAAGGUCGGAAUGCAUCCAUUUGUUGUUUUACACAAAACACGUUCUGGUUAUCAUGUAUUUUCUCAUUAUUCUUUCAGAAUAUUCCAAUGUCCUUAUCGGCUAUCGCCGUAAUCUCGUGUCAUGGACUUGACUUCCUGAUUAACGGUUUAUGUAAAGUGAAUUUUAUAUAAUUUUAGACAUUUCGAUA